CGGGAGGUCCGUGCGAAUACUGAUUUUGUGCGUAUUUAACGAGGAUUUUGUGAAAAACCGGCGAAAAUGUCGAACGCGAAUGGCACCAGUGCCGAUCCUAAGAUCAAGGAUUUAAUCACCUCGAUCGACGAUGAUAAAAUUGAUAUGCUGGCAGCGACCAGCGUGUUGCAACAAAGGGCUACAGACAUCAGGAACCAGAAGGUCAAUUGGCAAUCAUAUUUUCAGUCCCAGAUGAUUUCCCAGGAAGAUUUUAACUUCAUUGUGGCCUUUGACACCCCUGAUAGCAGCCAGAGGGAGGAAUUAUUGAACAACAACCCCGAUCAAUGUGCUCAGACCUUCCUCAACCUCCUUGGCCAUGUCUCCAAGGAUCAAACUUUGCAAUACAUCCUUGUGCUUAUGGAUGAUAUGCUUCAGGAGGAUAGAACAAGGGUGGAAUUCUUCCACAAUUAUGCUAACAGGAAAAAGGAGUCAGUUUGGGGACCGUUUUUGAAUUUGUUGAAUCGUCAAGACGGUUUCAUAACGAACAUGACCUCCAGAAUCAUCGCAAAAAUCGCCUGUUGGUCACAAACACCAAUGGAAAGGUCAGACUUGCACUUUUAUCUGACCUGGCUGAAGGAUCAGCUCAAGACUCAAGAAUUGAAAAAUAAGAUGGCCUACGCGGCUCAGUUGCCGCCCAAAGUGUCCGAGAAUAAGCGCGGAUGCGCCGACAUCGUUCGCGGCACCAACUCGAUCCUGUUCGGGAUGUCGUUGGCGGACGCGACCCGCGUCGCCCAAGAGAACAACGAGUUUAUCCAAUCGGUGGCGCGUUGCCUGCAAAUGAUGCUGCGCAUCGAUGACUACCGUUUCGCUUUCGUGUCGGUGGACGGCAUCUCCACACUCCUGUCCGUGUUGUCCGGAAGAGUGAACUUCCAGGUGCAAUACCAGUUAAUCUUCUGUCUCUGGGUGCUGACCUUCAAUCCUCUGCUUGCCGAGAAGAUGAACAAAUUCAACGUCAUACCAAUCCUUGCCGACAUCCUAAGCGAUUCCGUCAAGGAGAAGGUUACUAGGAUCAUCCUGGCCGUAUUUAGAAACCUCAUCGAAAAACCGGACGACUUGCAAGUUGCCAAGGAGCAUUGCAUCGCCAUGGUACAAUGCAAAGUUCUGAAACAACUGGCGAUUUUGGAACAGCGCAAGUUCGACGACGAGGAUCUGAUCGGCGACGUGGAAUUCCUUACUGAGAAGCUGCAGAGCUCCGUCCAGGACUUGAGUUCGUUCGACGAGUACGCUACGGAAGUAAAGUCGGGACGUUUGGAGUGGUCACCCGUGCACAAGAGCAAAUUUUGGAGAGAGAAUGCGCAACGCCUGAACGAAAAGAAUUACGAACUAUUACGCAUCCUGAUCCACCUGUUGGAGACCAGCAAAGAUCCCCUGGUGCUCAGUGUAGCCAGCUUCGACAUUGGCGAGUACGUGCGCCAUUAUCCGCGUGGCAAACAUGUUAUCGAGCAAUUAGGUGGCAAACAAUUGGUUAUGCAACUUUUGGCCCAUGAAGAUCCGAAUGUGCGUUACGAGGCACUUUUGGCAGUACAGAAAUUGAUGGUACACAAUUGGGAGUAUCUGGGCAGACAGUUGGAAAAGGAGCAGACCGAUAAGAACCCACCUAAAGGUGGCGCCACCGUUGCUGGCAAAGCGUAAUUCUUAAUUCGCACAGUUGCUGCUGCUGAAGUAUUAUGAUUUUAUGAUAUACCACUAGUUUUUAUUAUUAAAGCAAUGAAUGUUUUUACUCUUAUUCAUUGUAUGCAAUAUAUUGCAUCUUGCAGUGUAUAUACAAGUUUUAGAUGAUGUAUAGUUGUUAACAUUCCCAUGGUUAGGUUUAUUAUCUGUCUUCACGUACUAAAUAAUCAUUUUGUUUUUUUUUUGUGUAAAUAUAUAAAUGUACCAUUGUUACUCUUAUGACUUUAGAAGAUAAUAAAAUAUUAAAUAUGUUAAAA